AUGACCUACACAGAACAGAGCCCUCUCCUCGAGGAGCGACCGCAGCAACAAGAUCGACCUCACACAAAACGGUCAACAUGGAACACAACGCGGAUAUGUAUAAUCUGCUAUAUAGGCGCGCUACUGUUUGAUUCGGCGCAGAUUCUGCGCACGAUGCCGAGAACAAGACUCUUCGAGUCGGUAAUAUGUCAGAAAUACUACGCUUCUUCGACCAAUAUGCUAGGCGAUAUACCAGAGUAUAUGUGCAAGGUGAAUCCGAUUCAGGAAGAGCUGGUCACGACGCAGACGUGGCUCAAAGUCGGGGAGAGUGUAUGCGCCCUUCUCGUGGCACUGCCAUUCGGUAACAUGGCAAACACCAAAGGCCGCUCGAUCGUCUUAAUCCUAGGUAUUUCAGGCCAGAUUCUCGCAGACGCAUGGAUUAUCACAGUCUGCUUCCUCAGCCACACCCUCCCGCUCUCCCUAGUCUAUGCCUCCCCACUUCUUCGCUCAAUCGGUGGAGGAGAGAUGGUUCUGUCCGCACUGAUUCACGCUCUUUUGGUUGACGUGGUUAGCGAAAAAGAUCGUGCGCAGGCAUUUUUCAAUAUGGCUGUUAUGACGCUUAUUGCUGAACUGGUGGCCCCCGCCGUUGGGUCUUUGUUAGUUGAUUGGAAGGGCAUGUAUAUCCCGUUACUGUGUGCAUUUCCGUUGCAGGUUGCGAAUAUGGUUAUUUUCAGUCUUUUGCCCGAUACUAGAGUUUCGGAGAAUCUGGAGAGUAAUGAUGAUUCUAUUGAAGGCGGACAUUCGACUGAAAGAUCAUCCAACAAGGCAGGCUUCGCAACCUGGUGGAAGUCGCUUAAGAGAAGUUGUGCACCGUUCCAAACAAAGGCCAUCUGGUUGGUGACAGUUUGUUACAUCUCGACUAUGUUGGCUAGGGAAACGAUCGAUUUUCUGGUUCAAUACGUCUCCAAACGAUUCGACUGGAGUCUAGCCAAGGCAAACUACCUAAUUUCGGUCAAGGCGUUGGUUAGCAUGGCGCUCUAUUUGCUGUUGUUACCACUUAUCAGUAGGAUACUGGCAAGGAAAUACUCUAUGGCACCCCCAAUCAUAGAUCUAUGGCUUGCACGAGGAAGUUCUUUAUUUGGUGUCCUCGGUCCUAUUCUUCUCGGAUUGGCCUCUGAGCCAAUUGUCUUGGUUCUGUCACUCGUCCUUUUCACUUUUUCCUUAGGAUACCCAUUCUCCAUCCAGUCAUACGGAACAUCCCUAGUCCAACCAGUUGAGGUCGCACCAUUCUAUUCUGCGCUUGCAGUUCUGCGGAUUACUGCUACUCUGUUGAUGUCCCCCCUCAUUGCUAUGGCUUUUAAGUAUGGGUUAAACUCUGGAGGCGCGGCGUCGGGCUUGAUUUUUGAUAUUGCUGGUGGUUUGUUCUCAAUCGCUGCCGUCGGCAGUGCUUUAUUGCGGUAG